CAAAGACAAAGACAAAGGCAAGAAGAAGUUUAGCUAUGGAAGUUUCAAAACUGAAAGACAAAAAACCUAUAAAAGCUGGGGAUGAUUCUGAGGAAAUAAUUCUGAUAAGUGAUCUUGCUUCUGCGGACAGUGAUGUAACAAAUGAAAGACUGGCAGGAAAUGAUUUGAAUGGAAAAGACUCUGGUAACAUGAAAAAACUUAGAAAUGUGAUGAAAGAUUCUUCAAAACCAAAUUCUGAUUCUGGGGAAUUGAAACUAACAAGAACACCACAAAGUUAUGAUAAGCACAAAAAGUGGAUAACUGGUAAGAAAUUUGUGGAUGGUUCAGAGAAAAAGAAAAAAUUUGUAAAAAGAAAAAGAAAGAAAAUUGAGGAUGAAACUACUAGUGAUUCUGAUUCCGAAGAUGAGGAUGAGUGA